CAGGACUUUCACUCUGUGUUGUUGACUGCAGGGCAUGGUGAGAACAGGAGACACGCCCAGCAUGGCGGCAGGCUGGAGGGAGGUGUUUGAGAGGAGCAGCGUGGUUCCUCCGGCCAGACACACAGCUCGCCUGGCUCUGGAGACCCGGCUCAGCACCCAGCAGCUCGGCCUCCAGCUCGGCCUCAGCCGGCUCUCUGCACCCCACCUCCCGCAGUCCCAGGAGACGUCAGGCGGGGAGCAGGAUGUGACCUACCAGCUGCGAGUGACCCUGUUUGAUAGAAACCAUCAGCACUUCUUUGGGAGAACAUGGAAGAGUCCACCCCAGAGGAUGAAAAACAACAAGAUCUCCCUCAACGAGGUCCUGUAUUUCCAUACGUCUCUGCGGUUGCCCAGCACGGUGGUGGUCGUAGAGCUGGUGUCGUUGUCGCCCAGGCCAGAUGGCUCCCAGCAGGCCAUGGGGCGAGGCUUCACCGUCCUGGAACUCUUUACCAACAGGCCAGAGGCUCUGGCUGCUGAUGGGGACAGAAGGCUGAAUCUACACCAUGGAUCACCAAGAAGUCUCCUCCAUCCCCUCCUGAGGGACACCGUUGACUACAGCAGUCUCCUGAAGACUAUCGAUGGAGCACAUUUGGGCUGUGUGAUAAAAAACCACCCCGCUCUGGUUUCCGUUAUGCACCUUCUGCCAGAGAAUGUUCUUAUAUCUGGCAGUGAGAACAUUCCCGGGCUUGCAGCUUCUCCAACAGGAGAUGCUUUGCUGAGGCCUCAGCUGCUCAAGAUGCUGCCCUUCACCCUGAACAGACUGACCAUCUCCCUCCAGCCGUCCCUGGAGAAGUUUGAAAGCCAGCUGCUGCAGCUGAUCAAUGCUGACUGCCAUAACACAAAACAACCAGGACCAGAGGGCACUCUGAGAGCAGUCGUCAUCCAGGAAAGGAGGCUUCAUGUCGGGGUCCACAACGGCUGGUGUUUCCUCGAAAAGCCUCAAGUGGUGGUGCUGGAGCCCCUAGCCUCAGGGACCAGAGGUCGAUCCGACAGCACCUCCAAACAGAGCACCAUGGUCAAGGACAGCUCUGCAAUAUCAACCCUCCCUCAGACGCUGGGCCUUCGCAGCAGCUUGGAGCUCAGGCUGACCAAUCAUCCCGCUUUGGCAAUUGUCUUCCAGCUGGAGUUCGUCUUCUCCGCUCCAAUUGGCAGGGAGACAAUGCUGUCUGCCACCUCCACAUCCCGAGCUGCCUUCUUGCAGUGCCUCCGUUGGGGGAUUUGGUGCCCCUUUCAGGAGCCGGCUGACUGGAAGGGGGAAGAAAUACAGCUUGUUCUGCAAGGAGGUGCAAAGCCAAACCCUCACGGAGUCAUGGUCUACAGCACAGAGAUGUCUGCCAAAACUCCAAGCCCUGCGCCACUCUCAGCUCCAGGCUCGGCUCAGGCGAAGGAUAGCAUAACGUUUCGGCUGUCGUCCAGUUUGGAAAGGAAGGCACCCAGCCCAAAGGCAUCUCUGAGGACAAAGCAGGAGGAUGUGUCACGUCACAGAAGGUCACCCUCAUCGCCUUCACAGGGUCAAAGAUACAUUCCACAAGCUUCUCCUCCAGGAUCGCCUCAAGGCCCCGGGCUCUCACUGUCUCAGCUGGCAGCUACUUCACGCUACCCAACCAUCAGCCACUCAAGCUCGGCGUUGCCUUGGCAACAGUCCUUUCCUUCUCUGCUCCAUCCUUCCCUGUUGGCAUCGGCCCACCAGCUGUCACAUGUCGCCUGCUCAGGUGUCAGCAACAUCGCCCACCUGGAGAUGGACCUUCAGCGGGAACGGGAUGCGUCACCUUCGGCCCAGGACGAAGGAGACCAACUUCAGGAGCUGCCCUUCACCCCCGUCCAUGCCCCCGUCAUCACACUGGGGAUGAAUGUGCCCAGUUCCUGCUCAGUCAGCUCCAGAAGCUCGCUGGCCCACCUCUACUCCGCUGGCUUCCCCGACAUCGUGGACUGCGCUGAGCAGGCGGCAGAAGUCCUGGACCCCACAGAGCCUGUGCCCUUUGAUCCCCAGCGUGAAAACACUGACCCCCUUCAGGGCAACCUGCUGGUGUUCCAGUUUCUGGCGUUUACCAGAAUACCAGUGCCAGGUGUCGGUCCAGAUUGGCCUGAAAACAUCUACUUCACCUUCCAGUUCUAUCGCUUUCCACCAGUCACAUCGCAGCAGCUCAAACUACUGACCAGUGACAAGGUUCAACAGAAAGCCAGUGUUCCACUUCCCUGUGUCCUGGCCUCCAUCAACAAAGACGGGACUGUCGACUCUGGCUCCCCGGGCCUGCAGGUGCAGUUCAGAGUAGAUGAGGGUUUCCUGAAGCCAGGAGAGAAGCGCUGGUUCCUGCGCUACCUGGCCCUCCACACCAUGCACAUCGACAUCUGGGACAGCGACUCAUUGCUCCUUAUAGGUUCCACUGCCGUCGAGCUCAAGUACAUGUUGCGUCAGGGUAAGUCGGCAGUGCAGGCCCUUCACGAGGUGGAGGUGCUGACCACUGAUUACGUAGGAGAGGACACCCUACUGACGAGCGCCGAUGUGUGCCGACGGCCAGCUCUCAGCCCCAUGGCGGUCCACACCAUCAUCAGGGGACGACUGCACAUACGCACAGGCAACAUAGGGUGCCCAGUAGAUCCGAGGAGGAGGAGGGCAGCAGAUAUGAUGGCGUCUCAUUCUCACAUCAUAACGCCUCGCGAAGUGAUCGGGGGCUUCAAAGGAGGGAGCCUGUCCUCCAGAAACAUCCUCCAACUCAAUGCGAGGAACGCUGCUCAGGCUCACAGACUGGAGAUGGAUGGGGAGCGCGACCUAAACCAGCCCGACGGUGGGCGCCGCAAGCUCAACUGCAUGGCUGCCGUGCAUCGGCGGGAGGGCAAGGAAGAGGUCACGGGUCGGACUAAGGAAGCCCGGUUGGCCAGAGUACUUCAUCAGAUCAAACCCAGCGAAGAGCACAGCAAGGCAGAGGUCAUCGCCAACAUGCUGAGCCAGGCCAUCACCACCCAACACCUGCUCUACGCCAGCCUGGGCUCCGCUGAGUACAUGGAGUUUGUCCUCAAAAACCCCUUUAACGUACCUCAGACGGUCACCAUUCACAGUGACGACCCUGAGCUCAGUGCCAUCACUAAUACAGAGGAGUGGGCUUACUUCAAAGCACUAACCAAAACCCCAACCCCGCUGGAGGAGAACAUGUUCCACUUGGAGGAAGAUGCCCCAGGUCCCAGGGUUUACCUUCGGCCCAAGGAGAGCAUCCAUAUUCCCCUGAAAUACCAGAGUUUCCUCUGCGACCACAUCAUGGCCCUUCAGGGACCAAGCUUCCCACCGUCAGGCAAAGGUUCCCAGGUGGCCAAGAGGAAUCUGUCCAACAUUGUUGCUGCCAAGACCAUCAAGGUUACGUUCAAAGCAGAAGAUGGCAAGCCGAUGGCCAUCUGCCAGGUGAACGUGGAGCCGACCCCUCACGUCGUGGACCAGACUUUCCGGCUAUACCACCCCGAGCUCUGCUUCCUAAAGAAAGCCAUCCGCCUGCCGCCCUGGAAUGACCCCACAGUUGGAGACUCAGAUGUCAGGACUCACAUUUCCGUACGCUGCAGUGACCCUAACAUCAUCUGCCAGACAAGGAUGCUGGCGCAAGGGGAGCCUCAGGACGUGUACUUGAAAGUGCCGGGGAGUCCCAGUCCACACAUAAAAAUGUUCUUUGUGAUGGUUUUCACUGAUAAGUGGAUGGCAGCGCCCUCCCAGAUCUGGCAAGUUUACGUGCACUUCCUGGAGCGGGUGGAUGUCAGCUGUGUGACUGGCCAGAGGAGCUGUCAAUCACUGGUGCUGAAGGGGAAGCAGGCUGUUCGCAAGGUCAAAUGUUUCUCAUCACACCCCCAGGAGAUCGAGGUGGACCCAGAGGGUGUGUUUGUUUUGCCCCCCGCUGCGGUGCAGGAGCUCCAGCUGAAGGUCCAACCGUGGCGAGCAGGAAGCCGCUUCUUGUACAUGAGUGCUGUGGACGUGGAGAACCGGCGGCUGGUCACUGCCUGGCUGCUCUGUCUCAAUGUCCACCGGCCUGUACUGUCCAAGGCAUUUGAAGUGUGUGUCCCAGUCGGUGGUGGCCGUGGAAGCUCAAGGAAAAUCACCUACACCAACCCGUACACCAGCAGCCGCUCAUUCCUGCUCCGCUCUGACCAUCCAGACCUGCUCCAGUUCAAAGAGGAGAAAUUCCAGAUCAGCGGGGGGGAGAGCUACACCAUCGGACUACGAUUCGCCCCCAGCCAGAGUCCCGGCUCAGUGGAGAUCCUGGUCUACGUGAACAACCUGGAGGAGAAGACGGAGGAGACGUUCUGUGUGAAAGUCAACUACUCAUGAAGUGGUGAUGUUUGUUUCAAACAGAGAGUACAAAAUGUCUCCCCUCAAAUGAGCUGGAAAGUUUCUACUUAG